AUGGAUGGUCAUCUUGGAAUAGCAAGAAUUACUUCAAAUAAUGGCAAUUUGAUAUUUCAAACUGGUAAUCGGAAGAAUAUUGAAUUCAAGACCUCAGCAUUUGGAAAGAUUAAACUAAAUAAUCAUGACCUUCAACAACUAUCUAUGCAGAUUAGAAAAAAUAAAGAUGACAUUGUAGAUCUGAAAACAAGCCUUCAGAAUGCUUCUGAUGAAAUCAGUCAGCUAAAUAAAAAAGUGUUCCAUACAUGCAUUAGCAACCCUUGUCAGAAUGGUGGAACAUGUCUGAAUCUCGUUGACUCGUUUUUCUGUAUCUGUCCAAAUAAUUGGAAGGGACCUACUUGUUCUGAUGACAUAAAUGAGUGUGAGAUCUAUGCAGGAUCACCACUAGCAUGCCAGAAUGGAGCAACAUGCACGAAUACACAAGGCAGUUACAGUUGUAAAUGUACUCCGGAAUGGUUUGGUCCACAUUGUAAUUCCAAAUAUGACGAUUGCCAAGGUGCCUCCCAAACAAGAUGUGAACAUGGCAUCUGCAUUGAUUUAAACAGAGUUCAGCCAAAUCAGCCUAAGUAUCACUGUAUCUGUGAAGAUGGGUGGAGUCAGCCCUCUAUUGGCUCAGCUUGCAGUUCUGAUAUUGAUGAAUGCAGCCUUCCAUUUCAACCCUGCUCAACAAAUCCUCCAGUAUCAUGCUUAAACUCCCCAGGUUCUUACUCUUGUGAGAACUGCCCAGCAGGCUGGAAAGGAGAUGGUCAUAGGUGCCAGGAUAUCGAUGAGUGUAAGACCAAUUCUGCAGCACCAUUUGUCCAAUGCAUUAAUGUUUUGGGAUAUUAUCAUUGCGGUUUAUGUCCACCUAGUUACCAGGGUGAUGGGAAAAUCUGCACCCAGAUUGAUUUAUGCUCCGAGAACAAUGGAGGAUGUCAUUGCUUGGCAUCAUGUACUUGCAAUCCAGGUGACAACGAUCCGACUUGCACUUGUCCAGCUGAUUAUUUUGGAAAUGGCCAUGGAGACAAUGGCUGCAUUCCUGUCAAUGAUCUUUGUCAACACAGCAACCCGUGUGUGAAUGGCCAAUGUUUUCCCAUAAAUUCAAGUUAUAAAUGCAUUUGUGCUCUCGGAUGGGCUGGAAUCAACUGCACUCUGAACAUUAAUGACUGUACCAGUAACCCAUGUCAGAAUGGAGGAAGCUGUACUGAUGGCAUCGCUGCUUACACUUGUACUUGCACGAGCAACUGGACAGGGCCAGAGUGUCAAAUACAACAGCAAGUUUGUUUCUUCUACAUUUUUAAUUCUUCAGCUUGUGGUGGCCAUCUCAAUGAAACCUAUGGUGUUAUAAGUUCACCGGGUUAUCCAGGCAACUACCCACCGAGUACUGAUUGCUACUGGACCAUAUCGGUCAGCCCUAAUUUACUGAUCACUUUUGCAUUUGGACUCCUUCACUUUGGAAGCCAUCAGAAUUGCAGCUCUGCUUACCUAGAGAUUAGAGAUGGUCUGCUCGAUCAAGAUCAUAUCCUUCACAGGUAUUGUAGCAAUGAAAGCCCUCCCCCCUUGCUGACACCUGGCCCUAAUGCAUGGAUCCAUUUCCACAAUGACAACAAUGUCAAUGGCCAAGGAUUUCAUGUUGCAUACAUUACGUUACCAGCUGAGCCUGGCUGUGGCGGAAUGUAUGAAGAUAGUGAAGGCAUUCUCACCUCCCCCAAUCGGGCUAAUUCCUAUUCCAGCAGCCGAGAGUGUAUUUAUGUUAUCCAGCAGCCCAAAGAGGAGCGCAUCCACCUCCAAUUCACAUACGUGGAGUUGGAAUUCAAUGACAACUGCUCCUUGGACUACAUUGAGGUACGUGAUGGCGAAGCAGAGACAGAUCAUCUAAUUGGCAGAUUCUGUGGUUCCAAAGCCCCAGCACCCAUAACCACGAAAGGCAACAAAUUGUGGCUUAAGUUUAAAACACAUACCUCUGUUGCCAAAAAAGGAUUUGUGGCAGUAUAUAAAGUUGCAUGUGGUGGCAUUCUUCAUGGCAAAGGAGUGAUCCAGUCUCCUUAUUAUCCCAAUCCAUACCCACAUGACAGAAGCUGUGAGUGGGUUAUCACCCAAUCACAAGGAUAUAUUGUGACCCUCAAGUUAAUCUCCUUUGAUACUGAGAAAGUUGUAAACUGCAGCCAUGACUAUAUAGAGAUCAGAGAUGGUGCUGUUGAAGACUCUCCACUCAUUGGGAAAUAUUGCGGUGCAGUACUUCCACCUACAGUAUGGUCAAUACAGCCGUCCAUGUACAUCAAGUUUAAGAUGGAUUCUAAUGAGGCUAACAAUGGAUUUCAAGCAGAGUAUGAAUCAGCAAAGAAAGGAUGUGGUGAGAUUUUGACACAAUCAGUAGGUACCAUUGCUAGUCCUGAACAUUCUGGAGGAUAUCCACAUGAUGGCAAAUGUAUCUGGUAUAUCUCGGUUCAGGCUGGACAUGUUAUCCAUUUGGCAUUCAUCUCCUUUGACAUGGAUAUCAUGAACUGCAGCAAGGAAUAUGUUGAAGUGUAUGAUAAUCAUCUUAACCAUGGCAGACUAAUAGGAAGAUACUGUGGUUGGUCUGUCCCUCCAUCUCUAACCAGCAGUGGCAACUCAAUGAGCCUGCUUUAUGUGUCUGAUUCAAACGCACCAACAGAGGGAUUCCUGGCAAUGUAUGAUUCCCUUGAUGCUUCAACAGAAUGCAAGGAAGAAUUCUUUGAAUCCACUGGCACAUUUACAUCUCCAAACUAUCCAAAUGGCUAUUCCAUAUUCCAAGAAUGUAUCUACAUAAUUAAUGUGGAAGAGAACAAGCAGAUUCUGCUCAACUUUACUGACUUUAAAGUAGAAGGUUAUCAAGCCUGUACUUCUGCCUAUGUUGAAAUUAGGAAUGGUGAAUAUGAAACAUCUCCUCUGGUUGGUCAGUACUGUGGAGGAAAAGCCCCACCACUCAUCAAGUCCCAAAGUAACAGUCUAUGGAUUAAAUUUAAAUCAGAUAAUAUUUUUGAACACCAUGCAUUUAGCGCUCACUGGAAUGGUACUUCCACAGGCUGUGGUGGAACUCUCACAUCAGCAACUGGUAGUUUUACCUCUCCCAACUAUCCAAUGCCAUAUUCAAACAACGCAGCAUGCUCGUGGCUGAUUCAAACCAAUUCAGGCAGUGUGAUUGAACUACAAUUUGAACAAUUCCAUUUGGAUUCCAGCACUGGAUGUAUUACUGAUUACUUAACUGUUUAUAAUGGAAUCAAUAUAAAUUCUCAGAUUUUGGUUAAAUUGUGUGGCAAUCAAAUGCCAGCAUCAAUUCUGUCUUCCAAAAACAACAUGUACAUAGAACUUCAAACUGAUAGCUCAGUAGCCACAGGGGGAUUUCUUGCUAAAUAUAGACACAUUUGCCAGGGAGGAAUCAUUGCAGAUCAUAGCAAGGGAGUUUUGGAAAGUACAAACUUUCCUCAACCUUAUCCACCGAAACAAGACUGUAACUGGACUAUACAAGCAACAGCUGGGAGCACCAUCAACUACAUCUUUAGUGCCUUUAAUCUGGACUUUAACAGUUGUCAGUUGGCUUGGCUUAAGCUAUAUGAUGGACCUAGUGCCCAGUCUCAUCUUAUUGGCACUUACUGCAGGAAUACUUUGCCACCAUCAGGAACAACCUCUGGCAGCAGCCUGCAUGUGGCAUUUCAUUCGGAGUCGUAUUUUUCAGGGAAUGGAUUCCAGAUGCCGUGGUUCCAGAAUGGUAAGAUUACAACAAUACUGGAGAAUUUGCAUACAUUUUCUGUCUGGCCUCGAUGCCAGCUGUUUCCUUUCAUCUCUGAGGCACCCUGCUUCAUUGCUUCAAGGCGAUUUUGUCGUCUUUCCCAGUUUUCCAACAUCAAAUUCAUUAAAGUUAAUUUGGCUGUCACAGUUGCUAAACUCCUAUUUAACGUUAUUAUUUCCCAAUUAUAUGUUCCUGCUUUUGCUCCACAAUGGCUAAGCCUGAGUCACGCUCCAACGGCGUCCUCACUUCCACGUGUCCGUCCUCGUCCGUCGGUCGGCACCAUCACCGACUGCCGCACCGACUUCUCCACUAACACUGCCGGGUCCUCUACGGACGCCUCUGUGGCAGCAAGCCAGGCUCCAGCCACGGGCUCUAAUGACCCACGAGGCUCCAUCUCCGACUACGAAGUUCUGACCUGCAAGGUCCGGGCUCCGACCCACGUGGCCCGGGACGCGAGGAUCCACUGCCGGCCUGCGAGGCUCAACCGCCGGCUUGCGAGGCCCAGGCGGCGAGGCUCCAGCCUCUGCUUCUCAGCAGCAGUUGCAUCACCUCCGAAAGGCGUCGACCUUUUUGUGUAUUUGCCCUCCAGCACAGGAAAUCAUAUCACUGUUCAAAUUAAGACAUGUUCAAAUCCCAAUGGAAGAGCUUUCAAUGCCACCUGGCACAGAGGUUGUGGUGGAAUUGUUACAGCCCCAACAGGAGAGAUCCACUCACCAAACUACCCAAAUCCUUAUGGGAUUAAUGUGGAUUGUUCUUGGGUCAUCAGUGUCGAUACGCACUACAGCAUCUUCAUUCACUUCUUGGACUUUGAUCUUGCACAUCAGCAAUCAUGUGAUUAUGAAUAUUUAGCCGUUUAUGAUGGUUCAAACGAAGCAUCGCCUUUGUUGAGGAAGCUGUGUGGAAGCAAAGAUCCAGAAGCGAUCACCACCAGUCACAAUGUAGUCUACAUAUAUUUCCACUCACUAAACAGUUUUGACCAUAGAGGGUUCAGACUGAGGUUUAAUAAAGUGUGUGGGUCCUAUAUUGUUACUGAUAAUAACGGUGGAACUAUUACAUCACCUCUAUAUCCCAACAACUAUUCAAACAAUCAGAACUGCACCUGGACAAUUCGAGCCCAGAAACCAUUUAACCAUGUUACAGUCUCAUUCAGCGACUUUGCAAUUGAAAACAGUGGGGCAGGCUGCUCAGCAGAUGUUCUGCAAAUCUUGGACAGAGACAACCAUGGGGCUUCUUCUGUCGGUCGUUAUUGUGGAAGUACUAUCCCUCAUCCCAUCACCUCAUUCAGUGAUACCUUACUUGUCAACUUCAUCUCCAAUGAUGUCCACUCAUCCAGAGGCUUUCGAGCAAUUUAUGCUGCAUCAAUGUCAGCAUGUGGCGGGAAGUUUCACAUGGAAUCUGGAGCAUUCAAUAGUCCUAACUAUCCUGAAAAGUAUCCACCCAUCUGUGAAUGCAUCUGGUAUAUCAUCAGCUCCCCUGGUAAUCGUGUCCAAAUCUCCUUCAUAGAGUUUGAUAUUGCAACUGGCAAAAAUUGUUCAUUGGAUUACCUGGAAAUUCGAGAAGGAAAUGCCACCGGGCAGCUGAUUGGACGUUUUUGUGGCAUUACCUUACCUGCAAAUUUAACUUCAGUUAUCGGACACAUCCUGUGGGUAAAAUUUGUCUCUGCUUCAUCAUCUCCUCAGCCUGGAUUCAGGGCCGUUUUUUCCCAUCUGUAUGGCAAUGAAAUUGAGGGUAUCCAAGGUCAAAUUUCAUCUCCAUUAUGGCCACUGUAUUACCCACACAAAAUCAACUAUCACUGGACAAUUAGUGCUCCGGCAUCCUACAUCAUCCAUGCCAGUGUACAAGAGUUGGACAUUGAUGCGCUUGACAGAUGCACAUAUGAUAAGUUAAUGUUCUUUGAUGGUCCUAAUAUUCAUGCACGUCAUAUUGGAACAUACUGUGGUUCUGAACUUCCUCCAGUUAUGUCCUCCACUGGAAGCACUCUUACUGUUCAGUUUAUCAGUGACUCCACUAUCAAUGGAAAGGGUUUCCUGCUGGAAUGGUUUGCAGUGCAACACAAUAAUAACCCAAAUGCAACACCAACUCUCCAACCAGGUUCAUGCGGUGGAGUUGUUGAGACCAGAGAGAGACCAAGCUUCCUUUUCUCACCUGGCUGGCCCGGUGGUUAUGAAACACAUUUGGACUGUUCUUGGAUUAUUUGGGCGCCGCAGAACACAGUGCAACUCAACAUCUUGGCUCUGGAUAUCGAACCAGAUGCUUUAUGUCAUUAUGAUAAACUGGUCAUCAGAGAUGGUGACAAUAACCUCUCUCCAAUACUUGCCACUUUGUGUGGCAGAGAGUUACCUGGAACCCUUCGAUCUACUGGUGAAGCAAUGUUCCUUCGAUUCACAUCUGAUGAAUAUACUAGUGGUGGCGGUUUCAACGCUUCUCAUCACAAGACUUGUGGUAACCAUCUUACUGCUGUACAUGGCAUUAUUACUUCACCCAACUAUCCUCACACAUAUACUCCAAACCUCAGUUGCACCUGGCAUGUGGAUGUUACCAGUGGAUUCAUUAUUGCUGUCCACUUCAAUCAGCCCUUCCAAAUUCAAGGCACUGGAAACAAAUGCACAAGUGGUGAUUAUUUAGAAUUAAGGAAUGGACCUGAUAGGUCUUCCGCCCCUUUGACCUCCCAUGGAAGGAUCGGACGCUAUUGUGGUGAAAACCCUCCAACCACAAUGUACACUACAGACAAUCAACUAUUUGUAUACUUCAUUUCUGAUGGGAUUAAUGAGGGGCAUGGGUUCAACUUCACUUAUGAGGCUUCAAAUCUUGAAUGUGGAGGUGAAUUGACUGCAGUGUCAGGAACUAUCACCUCUCCAAACUACCCACACUUUUACCCUCACGGUCGUGAAUGUCAAUGGAGAAUUACUGUGCAAGGUGGACGCAGAAUAACGCUAAUCUUCAAUGACCUUCGAUUGGAAAUGCAUGACCAAUGCAACUACGAUUAUGUUAGUAUUUACAAUGGACUUCACCCUAGUUCUCCAAGGUUGCAGAAGUAUUGUGGCAUCAUUGCGAAUGGCACACAAGUCAGGUCAUCUGGAAAUACCAUGCGAGUUGUUUUUGUAACUGACACGUCAACUUCAGAUGGAGGCUUCAGUGCAACCUACACUUCAGAGGAGGACGCAGUCUGUGGUGGUAUACUAAUGGGCCCAGAUUCUGGGGACUUUAGUUCUCCCAGUUAUGAUGGCACAUCCAACUACAUAAAUAAUCUUAACUGUGAAUGGGUCAUCCAGAACUCCCACAUUGCAAAUUCUUCAAUUUAUAUUCAGUUUACCAGUUUUCACCUUGGACAAGAUCCAGUUUGCCAACAGGACUACAUUGAACUCCGAGUUGGAGAUUCUAAUGGUGAUUUAGUUGCCAAGCUAUGUGGACAGACUGCUCCUUCACCACUGCUUAUCCCUUUCACACAAAUAUGGGUUCAAUUCAUAUCUGAUUCAUCAGUGCAAGAUCUUGGUUUUGUUGCCAAAUAUAGCUUUACAGAAUGUGGUGGCAUUCAGACCGGGGAGAGUGGAUUCAUUUCAAGCCCCAAUUUCCCAUCACCGUACAAUCCUUUGACCCACUGUGCAUGGAUACUGGAGGCCCCAGAAGGACACACGAUAACUCUGAGCAUCAUUCAUUUCAACUUAGAGCAUCAUUUAACGUGUGAAGGCGGCUCUGUUACAAUCUUGAAUGGUGGUUCCUUCAACUCCCCGAUCAUCGGCCAAUACUGUGGCCCCACUCCAGCUGAGGAAAUUACGUCUGGCUCAAACAAGUUGUUCAUCUUCUUUAAUUCUGACCACAGUGUGCCACAGGGUGGUUUCUAUGCCACCUGGAAAUCAGAUUCGCUAGGAUGUGGUGGCUAUUUUCAUGCAGAAAGUGGCUCUUUCAAAUCACCAAACUGGCCACAGAAGUUUCCAAGUAACAGUGAAUGCACAUGGAGGAUUCUAGGACACGAGAGCAAACAUUUUGUGAUCACGUUUGAUGAGAAUUUCCAGGUUCCAGAUCCCUCUGAGGACUGUGGGAGUAGCUAUGUGAAGAUCUGGGGUGGAAUUUCAGAAACUGAUGAAAGCUUGUUGGCUACUCUUUGUGGAAACACUGCUCCUCCUAGCCCUGUCAUUGCACCAGCUAAUGUUGUGUCAGUCCGGUUUCAGUCUAAAGGCAGCACCGGAACUGGCUUCUCCGCAUCUUUCACCAACCGAUGUGGGGCCAAUUUUACUUCUUCUACUGGACGUAUUAUGUCACCGAACUACCCAGAUCACUAUGAUCCAAACCUAAACUGUGAAUACUUGAUCAGUGGUGCCAGUCAUCAGCUUACAAUUCUACAGUUUGAAGCAUUCAGUACGGAAGAGGAUUUAUCUUGUGCCCAUGAUAACUUGAAGAUAUACAGUGGGAUUAAAGCAAGCAGAUAUCAUGUUGCUACUCUUUGUGGAUCCGCCAUCCCUGGUCCAAUCAGUACCUACGGCCCAAUGCUAUUGGUCUUCAGUACAGACUAUAUUGAGACGCAAACUGGAUUUGUGGCCAACUAUCAUUUAGCCCCCUGCGGUGGUCGAUUCCAUGGAUCAAAUGGCACUGUCAGCAGCCCAAUUUACUCUCACAAUCAGUACAGCAACAUAAACUGUACAUACCACAUCACUGUUGGGGAGAACAUGAUUGUGCAAUUGAUGUUCACUGAAUUUGGCCUUGGCACUUCAGCAACAUGUACCUCUAACUAUGUGGAUGUCUACAAUGGUCCAAACACUUUUGCACCACUUCUAGGCCAGUUCUGUGGCUCGGAUAUUCCGCCUGUUCUAAGGAGCAUAAACAACUCCAUAUUCCUUGUGUUCAAAACAAAUGCUUUUCAUACUUUCAGAGGAUGGAAGGCUACAUAUAUUGAGAUUUCCGGGGAGUGACAAAUGGAAUUUGAAAAUGUUAAACAAUAAUUGAACCUCUGAGCUUUACUUAAUUUCUCUCUUCCAUAAUGUUCUAUUACAUUCCAUGCAAUGCUUUAAGAUUAAUUUAAUUGCUGAAAGAAAACUUUUAGAUUAAAAUCUCAUCCAUAUUUUUAAUAUUUAGAAAUUUCAGGAUCAUAGUUUUUGAAACUUGUUGUGAUGUUAGGAAUGUAUUUCAAUAUUUAAUUUGGACAAUAAACCAAUGAAACAGAAUAAAAUAAGAAA